GAAGGAAAGAAGGGGAGAGAGGCACGGCAGAGAGCUCGAACACAGAGAGAAGAAGAAAGAGAGAAAGAAGAAAAAGAAGAAGAGGAGAAAAGAAAAAAGGGGGGCUUCACACGUUCUUGUUAUGGAAGCCUCGCCAAGUUAACUAAGUAAUGCAACACUCGGAAUACGAGUGUAUUGGCUCAAGUAACCACAUAGGUUGAUUUUCGACUUUCCCAGGUUCCUCGACUAACGAUGAAUAAAUACGAAAGCGAUAUGGAUGUGGGGACUUUUAAGAGUUGGAUUUUUUGGAGCUUUGAGGCUGUGUCCUUUGAGUAGAAGGACGGCGGUGUCAUCCCCCAUUCUUGAUAGUUUUGGGGUAUGACACUCACAAAGCAAGUGACUCAGCUACGAGGAUUCAAGUACUCCUACUUUGACUUCUACACUUCAACCAGGAUAGAAUCCGAAACCCAUCGAAAUAUUGUCGAUCAUCAUGUCGACCCCGACUCUCCACAUCAUUCUCUUCAUUGUUCUCGCAAGCCUCUUCAUCUCAACUCGUGGCGAUGAUCAGUCUCGGAAAGAUGUUGCUUUGUUCAUCUUCGGCGACUCCGUUAACGACGUGGGGACCAACAACUACAUAAACACCACUGCUGAUUUCAGAGCAAAUUUUCCUCCUUAUGGCGAGACGUUCUUCCGCCAUCCCACUGGAAGAUUCUCCAACGGUCGUCUCAUUGUCGAUUUUAUUGCUGAAUAUGCAAAUCUGCCGCUGAUUCCACCAUAUCUCCAAAUGAAAGAUGAUGAAUUCAUGGGAGGGGCGAACUUCGCAUCCGCCGGUGCUGGUGCUUUGGGCGACACUUAUGAAGGAUUUGUGGUGGAUUUGAAGAUGCAGCUGAAGCAGCUCGAACAACUAGAGAAGAAGCUGGAGAAGGAGAUGGGCAGCGAGAGGGCCAAGAAAAUAAUUAAAGAGGGUGUUUACUUAAUUAGCAUUGGAAGCAGUGAAUACGCCCUGCCUUUCUUCUCUAAUCCUACUCUGUUUCAGUCCAUUUCCAUGGAAGAUUACGUGGGGAUGGUGAUUGGAAACAUCACCACCGUGCUUAAGGGAAUAUAUGAAGUAGGAGGAAGAAAAUUUGCAAUGAUUGGAAUUGGGCAACUUGGGUGUGUGCCAAUCAUGAGACCAGCCGAAAAUGGUUCUUGCUCAGACGAAGCCAACAAGCUCGCACAGCUUCACAACGUUGCUCUUACUUCAAUUCUCGCAAAACUGGAGGCGCAACUCCAAGGAUUCGAGUACUCCUACUUCGACUACUACACUUCAGGCAGUGAGAGAAUCCACUACCCAUCAAAAUAUGGUUUUAAGGAAGCGGAAACUGCGUGUUGUGGUUCGGGUCCUUAUAGGGCAAAUUCAAGCUGUGGAGGCCAAAGAGGAGAGAAGGAAUUUUCAUUAUGCCAUGAUCCUGAGAACUACGUGUUCUUUGACUCUGACCAUGCAGGUGAGAGGGCUAAUAGGCAAUUUGCGCAAUUGAUGUGGAAUGGGAGUUUGAGUAUAAUCAGACCUCGCAACUUGAAAGCAUUGUUCAAGCAUGAGGGUGCUUGAAUAAUUUUUUUCCUUGAAAUCGUAGGUAAAUAAUCACAUCCCACUUGAACAUCAUAUUAUGAAUAAUGGGGGAUGAUGUUGGAUUGAUUGUAUGAUUGCACUUCUGUUAAAGAAUGAGGAUGUUCAAAUGAGCCCCUAGCAUUGCUCAAAUGUCAACAAACUUGAUUUC